AUGACAGAUGUUAAUAUCAACGUCCGAUUGGUCUCUAUCCCAUAUUCCACAAGAGAUUCGCUGGAUCCCUGCAUUUCUAAAAUAGUGGAUGAAUUCAACAUGGGACCGUACAAUAUACUUAUGCAAAAUGAUAUUGAUUGUGACAUGUUCAAUCAGAAAUGCCGAUCAGUAGUUGUCGAUUUUCCAGAAUCAAAGAUCAUUUAUUUCAUCUACCGAGGCACUAAUCAAGUGAUUCAACUUCUCAUGCAAGCACUACCAGUGACCAAAAACUUCCUUGGCUUAGGCCAGACGAAACAAUACUAUGUCUCAGCUUCUGAUACUUUUUGGAAAAAUCAGAAGCAUAUAGUCAUGGAUCCGAAAUACAAGGAUUACAAAUUUAUUUACACUGGUCAUUCGUUAGGAGGUUCAUUAGCCUUUCUCAGUGCCAUGAGAGCAGUAAUACAAGGGAAAAUCCCUGGAGACCAGAUAGAGUUGAUGACAUUCGGAGAGCCUCGCUCCGGACAUCGGAGUUUCACAAAACAAGUUAAAAAUUACAUCAAAAAUGAUAUUCGGAUAACUCAAAAUAGUGACAAUGUUCCUAACUUCCCUAAAUGUACUCGCUCUUCGAUUAGAAACUCCGUGUGUAACCCAAACAAUGAUAAUUCGUUCUAUCACCACGGAUUGGAAUAUUGGUUUUUCAAUUAUAGCAGUCCACAUGAUCAAUACAAGAUAUGUGAUGGUCUUCCCGAAAAUGAGGAUCCAACAUGCAUCGAUCAUCGAAGGAAUCCCACUCUUCUUAGCAUACAAUCUUGGAUAGAUCAUAUCUCUUAUCUGGGCUUGAAUAUGUUCAAGUAUGCGCACGACAUGUGUAAACCUUAA